AUGGGCUGGUUUAACAAGACAAAACCAAUGGAUGAUCAGUCCAAGCCACCUUUGCGCUCGUCUAGAAAACAGUGUUGGGAGUCCAGAGACGGGUUUUUCCAAUGUUUGGACAAAAUAUCCGUUGUGAAUGCCUUAGAGAGUAAACAUGAGGACGCAAUCCAAAAGAGCUGCAAGACAGAGGAAGGCAAGUUUGAAGAAGACUGCGCUACCAGCUGGAUCAAGUACUUCAAAGAAAAGCGGGUCGUGGACUACAAACGAGAAAAAUUCAUGCAGGAGAUGGAAAGUAAAAAUGGGCAACAAAUCGACCUUUCCGGGAUGAUAAGGAAGUGA